AUGCCCGCCACUCCAUUCACUGUCAAGGCUAUCUUUGAAUAUACCUCUGACCAUGAAGACGAUCUUGCAUUUUCAAUUGGGCAAAUCAUUACAGUGACGGCAGAGGAGGACGAAGAAUGGUAUUAUGGGGAAUAUACUGCUGACAACGGAACACGGAAGGAGGGCAUCUUUCCAAGGAAUUUCGUUGAAAAAUAUGAGCCGCCAGCGCCACCACGGCCUUCAAGGCCAAACAGGCUCAAGAAGGACGCUGAACCGACUAUUCCUGUAGAGGCGGUCCCCCCACCACCUCCGCCUGCCAGCAACCCCACUCCCACAAGCCCAGAGUCCCCAACCCAGCACUUUGACAGUAGUCAAGAGACAGGCCCAAAACCUCAGGCUGUUCGGCCACCAACCGCAGAUGCGCCGCAACCAACGGCUUUUCAGCAAGCGGCACCGCCUCUGCCUUCGGUAGCCGCAGUACCUAAACCAGAGCCAAAGGCCCCACCCCCUUCUGUCGCAGACAAGCCGACUUCAACAUCUUUUAAGGACAGGAUUGCGGCAUUUAACAAGGCUGCUGCGGCACCAAUAACACCUUUCAACCCCGCUGGAACGUCUUCGAAUACCAACGCUUUCAUCAAAAAACCAUUUGUUGCACCGCCGCCAAGCAAGAAUGCCUUCGUGCCAAUGCCGGUUGAAGCCCCGGCGCAGAAGGUCUACAAGCGCGAUGAAGAUCCGGAAAUCUUAGAACAGAACCAGGAGCGGCUUGCAGAUCGGUCUCCACCACCACCGCCGUCUGCUGCUGCGGAAGACGGGCAACCAAAACCCACAUCUUUGAAGGAAAGAAUUGCUCUCUUACAGAAACAACAGCUUGAGCAAGCGGCUCGACAUGCGGACGCUGCCCAGAAGAAAGAAAAGCCAAAGAAGCCGCCGCAAAAAAAACAUGUAGAGAUCCAAGAUCCCGUUGACCAUACGGAUCUCAUGCAGGGUGCAGGUUUAGAAAAGGCUCCCACUUCCGAAACUGCAAAGGAAUCGAAAACAAGUGACGAUACCCAUGAUGUAUCUACCCAGCAUCAACACCGAACUCCCGUUGUGCCUCAUGUGGCUAGCCCGUUGCAGCCACAUCACGAUAUUACCAGUGAUGCAAAUGAUGCUGACUAUUCCGGUGCUGGCGACACUGAAGAAGCCGAGGAAACAUCAACCAGCAAAGAAGAUAUUGAUGUUAAGCCCACGAAAUCAAGCACGAGCAAAUUGAAUGCUGAAGAAAGUCACCCUCGCAGUCAGGAAAUGGUGAAUGAAGGAGCCGUCGAAAAGGAGGAGGAGGAGGAAGAAGAAGAAGAAGAGGAAGAAGUCGACUCAGAGAUCAAGAGGAGAAUGGAGCUUCGAGACCGCAUGGCGAAAAUGAGCGGUGGGAUGGGCAUGAUGGGUAUGUUCGGCCCGCCUCCAGGGCUACCAGGUACUUCCUCUGGGGGAUACAAAAAGCCAAAGCCCGACGUGAUCGCCAGAUCUCAAGAUGAAGAGCGCUUACCCGCGACGGCACAUGCCCCACCCGUUCCCGUUAUGGUCAUUCCAGGGAUGCAACCACGCAAACAGGAAUCUUUCUUGUCCCCCACCGAGUCCAAAAAGGACGGGCUUGAGGCGAAUGUCCCAGCCGCAACCCAGGCGCCCAAAGAAGAGCCGGCUGAUACCACAAAUUCCGGACGUUCCGUUGCAGACAACCCACCCUUGCUUCCACGAUCUACUGAACACACUGCACCUCCGCCCAGUCAUCCCCGGCCUAUUCCUCCACCUGUGCCAGGAGAUCGGCCAACUGAGUCUUCUCCCCCUCCUGAAUCGCGACCUGCGCCCAUUCUGCCUGCAAGGGGCCUAACAUCACCAAGUCUGGGCGAGGAAUCCGACGACGAGCUUUCCAUCACACCUGGAAACGUACAGGUAGAAAGCCAAUCCAGCGACAGCUGUCCAACGGUGCUUCCUACAAGUAUCGAGGAAGACUCGUCAAUGCCUUCGAGACCUCCGACACUUUCCGCUGACAAACGCUCAAGCCAACCCCCCCCUGUUCCUCAUGCUCCACCUCUGAUGCCAUCUGCUCAAGUUCGGCCGCCUCCGCCGCCUCCACCGUUCCCUGUCAGUCGCAAGUCAACCAAUGAUAGUCCAAUGAGUGCACGAACUCAAACGGGUCUUAAAGGACAUGAUACAGAAGAGGAAGUCACUGAGUAUGAAGGCGACUAUGACACUGAUAUUGCUCCCGGUGCUACACAUAAGGAUGCCCUUAAAUCACACGGCCGCGAUUCCAGUAUUGAUGAAGGUACUAUCACAGAUGAGUUCAACAGUCAAUCUCCCAGAACCUCUCAUGAUAUCCAUCCGCCACUGCCUCCUCCCAAUGCGGCCCCUCGUGCAGCUCCUCCACCUCCUCCAACUCAGCCGCCAAAGUCGGUACGGCAGUCGGUCGACAUGCCGAGAACAGCUCCGCCUCCCAUUCCGACAACUAAGGAGCACGUACUAGAAGAUGAUGAUGAAUAUGACCCAUACCGAUACGACGCUUCGCUUCCUCCACCUCCCCCACCCCACAGCCCACCAGCCAGAGCGCCAAAGCACCCUGCAGGGGCUGUUGAGGACGACUUCUUCCCUGAAUCUCCACCAAGGCGUUCCGUCCAUUCCCCUCCUCUACCGCCUAGCCAGCCUCCUCCACAGGCAACUUCUCGCACCCAUUCGUCUCGCCAAUCAGCCGAUCUUCUUCGUACACAAUCCAAUCCCCGCCGAUCUAUGGAUAUUUCUAGGCCGUCUAUGGAGAGCUACUUUGCAAGUGAUGUUGAUCUUGGCGAGAGUAGCUUCUGGUGGACCCAACCCAAAACACCUCCUCCGAUCUUUCAACAUAAAAAGGACAUAUUGUAUGAGAUUGAAGAGUCAACCUCAACUAACAGAGGUGGAAAAACCACCAUUGCUAAGGACGUCUACAUUUUAUUUAUGGACUAUUCUCAGACUAUUGUGACAGUGCGGUUUGAUUCGAAGAAUCCAGGUGACGUUAUUCUGGAACAACGCCAUGAGGCUCCUCCAGCGCGACUGCGACAAGACCAGCUGGAAGACUCACACACUCGCUUUGGGGCUCGUCUCGCAGAAACUGCCGCUUCGAAGCAAAACACCACUGUCGGUGAUGGAACUCCUCAUGCCUUGAUCAAGGCCCUUGUCACCCCCCUGUCCGGUGCCCUUCUUCCCGUUGGUGUACGUGCGUAUGGAGCUAUUGUGUACUCAAACCUGGCCAAUGCUUCUGUUCAGCAGUAUGAUGAAAUCCGUGCUGGUGACGUUGUAACUUUUCGUAAUGCCCGGUUUCAAGGCCACCGAGGUACGAUGCAUCAGAAAUAUAACAUCGAAGUCGGGAAGCCAGAUCACGCCGGCAUUGUGUUGGACUGGGAUGGGACCAAGAAAAAGAUUCGAGCCUGGGAACAGGGUCGAGAGAGCAAAAAGGUUAAGAUUGAGAGCUUCAAGCUGGGCGAUUUAAAGAGCGGAGAGUGCUUGGUCUGGAGAGUCAUGCCACGUGGUUGGGUUGGCUGGGAAGAGGAAAACAAGUCAUAG